CCGGCGGGAUGGCGGAGGAGGGGGCCGUGGCUGUGUGCGUGCAGGUGCGGCCGCUCAACAGCAGAGAAGAAGCCCUUGGAGAAGAGACCCAAGUUUACUGGAAAACUGACAAUAAUGCUAUUUAUCAAGUUGAUGGGAGUAAAUCCUUUAAUUUUGAUCGUGUCUUUCAUAGUAAUGAAACUACUAAAAACGUGUAUGAAGAAAUAGCAGUACCGAUCAUAGACUCUGCUAUCCAAGGCUACAAUGGUACUAUCUUUGCCUGUGGGCAGACUGCUUCAGGAAAAACUUACACUAUGAUGGGGUCAAAAGAAUAUUUGGGUGUAAUACCCAGGGCGAUUCAUGACAUUUUCCAAAAAAUUAAGAAGUUUCCUGAUAGGGAAUUUCUCUUACGUGUGUCUUACAUGGACAUCUACAAUGAGACCAUCAUAGACGUCCUCUGUGACACGCAAAAAAUGAAGCGUUGA